GGAGUACACACACACAUAUGCACAUUCAUUGGUUUGUCGUCGACGCACAAGUUCUGUAAUUUGCUAACUCAAUCUCAAACCAUCCCAAACAGACUACUAAAAAUGGAGGUUGUUACGGCAGUUUUGGACGAUCUUAGGAAAAAAGCAGGUGAUCUUAACAGUUAUCCUGGUCUUAUGGACAAUGGUGAACCCAUAGCAGCAAAGUCGGCUUUUAGUUUCGUGCCCACAGUACGAAAUGAUUCCCCUGACCACACCGUGUUCAACAGCACAACGAAGUCGAGACCACAUUCUACAUACGACAGACUCUUCCACAAACAAGAGGGCUACAACAAUAAGCUUCAUCGAUGCGAUAGGGAGCAUGCCAAGUCGAAAGGAUUAACUGUUAAUAAUGAGGAGAAAGUGAAGAUCAUCCCAACAUUAAUGUCGUCAGAAUACGGACAUCGUUUGGAGACGUUCAACGAUCCACCUGGUCGGGACCACGUCCGCAUCGCGCAUGUCCAGACGGAGUUUUACAGUCGGACUGGAAUCAAUAUAUCCAAUGAGGAGCACUGAGAAGGUCCAACUGCUUGAAGAAGUUUCUACAUUAAGACGUCUGGUGUUGUGGGUUGAAAUGCCGUGGCGGAUUGGGAAGGAUGAAAAACUGCGAUGCGAUCUUGGAUGAUGAUGACCAUGUGCAAAUAUUUCACUGGAUUACCUAUAAUGAUGAUGUGUUUGUGGCUCAUUUUUUAGAUUAUGUCCUGUAGUGCUAAAUGAACGAGCCAAUCAAAGCUAGGUGAGAUAUCUUAAAGGAACACGUUGCCUUGGAUCGGACGAGUUGGUCUAUAAAAAGUCGUUUGGCAUAUG